AUGGGUUCCAAGAAACUGAGCAAAAAAAAUGAGUCGGUAAGUGUGAAAAAUGGGCCUCCAACGCUUUCAGAAAAGGUGAAGAAAGUUGGUAAAACGAAACAAGAAGAGUUGAGCACUAGUGGUAGUGAAAGUGAAGAUGAGGACGAGAAACGGUCGCGUAAAAGACAGAAAUCGGUCAAGGGAAAGAAGGGUGUGAAGCGGCAAAAAUCUGGGAAGAAAUCGGCGGAAGAGUCGAGUUCUUCGAGUUCUUCAAGCUCUUCGAGUUCUUCAAGCUCCUCGAGUUCUUCAAGCUCCUCGAGCUCAUCGAGCUCCUCAUCUAGCUCGUCCUCUAGCUCCUCGUCUUCGGACAGUGAAUCGAGCUCUUCAUCUUCCGACAGUGACUCGAGCUCUUCUUCAUCUUCAUCUUCAUCGUCAUCCUCGUCAUCUUCAUCUUCAUCUUCAUCAUCUAGCUCUUCAAGUUCUUCCGACGGUGAUUCAGAUUCGUCUAGCUCUUCGGAUUCCGACUCUUCGAGCUCUUCAGACAGUGAUUCAAGCUCUUCAAGUGAUUCAAGCUCUUCAAGCUCGUCCUCUGACAGUGAUUCGAGCUCCUCCAGCUCCUCUAGCUCUUCCGGCUCUUCAGGCUCGUCGGAUAGUGACUCAUCAAGCUCGUCUUCUGAAAAUGAUAGCUCCGAUGGAGAAUCUUCGUCUUCUAGUUCAUCUUCGAGCUCCUCCUCCUCCUCAUCAUCAUCAUCAUCUUCUGACAGUGAAUCCUCUGACGAUGAGUCAUCCUCGUCUUCAUCUGCUUCAUCCGACGCUAAAGGUUCUGCCUCCAAGGAAGUCCUCGGACAAUCAAGUUCGUCUUCUAAGACAGCAUCUCCAGACACUCCAGCUCCCAAUCCUGCUCACAUCUCAGCGGGUGACGAUGAAUUGAAGCCCGGUGAACGCAAGCAUUUCUCCAGAAUCGAGAGAUCAAAAAUCAGUUUCGAAGACAGCGCUCUUACUGACAACACUUACAAAGGUGCUGCCGGUACGUGGGGCGAGAUGGCCAACGACAAAUUAGGCAGAGUAAGAGGCAAAGACUUUACCAAAAACAAGAACAAAAUGAAGAGAGGCUCUUACAGGGGAGGUAGCAUCACCAUGUCCACCGGUUCUUACAAAUUCACUGAUUAG